CUAGGAAUUUCAUCUAUCCAGGGAAGAAUCAGAAUAAAAAAUAUUUAAGCUUUUGUACACUGGAUAAGCUUAUCUAAAAAGUAAAAGCUUUGGGCUAGACCUCUAGCCUUGAUCACUACAAGUGAUCAAAAGUUCAAAUAUUUUUUAUUCUGUUCUGGAGGUAAUUUUUUAAGUGUAUGAUAACCAGAUUACAGUAACACACAUUUCUAUUGGUUCUUAAGAGCUUUUGGAGAACAGACGCUUAAAUUUAGUGUCAUCAUAAUAAUUAUACAACAUUUUGCUUUUUUACCUCAUGAAACAAAUAUAUUCUAUGUUGUGGCAAGUCUCAGUGCAUUAAUAGAUCACAAGAGACAUCAAAUUAUGCCAGACUUCACAUCGUUUAUCCAAUGCUCUUCAAAUUGUCCAGUAAUAAAUCAGGUAGAAAUACUCAUUGCGGGGUACUGGAGUUUGUUGCUGAUGAAGGCAAAAUUUAUCUUCCUUACUGGAUGAUGCGUAAUUUACUGCUUGAAGAAGGUGGUCUGUUGCAGGUGGAGAGUGCAUCUCUACCUGUUGCAUCAUAUGCUAAGUUUCAACCACAGUCAGUUGACUUUUUGGAUAUCACCAACCCAAAGGCAGUCUUAGAAAAUGCGCUCAGAUCCUUUGCUUGUCUUACGAAAGGUGAUGUAAUUGCAAUCAAGUACAAUGACAAGAUCUAUGAAUUCUUAGUGCUUGAAACAAAACCUGGAAAUGCAGUGUCCAUUAUUGAGUGUGAUAUGCAGGUUGAGUUUGCCUCCCCUGUUGGAUAUGUGGAACCAGAAAGGCAAGAGAAAAAGGCUGAGAAAAAGGAAGAGGAGCAGGCUGAUGUAUCGCAUGUGGAUCAUGGUUUCCAGGCUUUCACCGGUUCAGGAUUUCGCUUGGACGGGAAGAAAAAGAAGUCAAAUGUUCCGUCCAAUCCGGUGCCAAUUGGUCCUCCUGUAAUAAAGCGGGGAAUUCCUAAUUACGAUUUCGAAAAAGGGAAGAUUACCUUCAAAAGGAAUUUAAACAAAGCGAACAACUCACAGUCGAAUAAUAAGGGAGAGUCUAGUAAGCCAGAAUUUGAAGCUUUUACAGGGUCAGGAAAAACGCUCCGACAAAAGAGGAAAAAUUAGCCGUAUAAAAAUGAGCAUUUAGGGAAACUGUAAAGAAAUACAUAGGCGAAUGUUCUUCGCUUACGUCCCACUAAAGCUGUUUGCAGAAUUGAAGUCAAAAGUUGCUCUCGACUUGUGGAAAUCUGUACGACACGAUUAACAUUGAAGAGAAAUGAGCUAUUUAUGUACUUGUAGUGUAAGCAAAUUAGUUUUCAAUGAAAGAGCUCAGUUUUGGAGCGUGAUUGUGGUAAACUGGUCUGAUAAAUUGGUCUUUCUACCAAUUCAAGGAAAUGACAAUUAAACUUCGACUAUAUCGAUUUCCCUUCAUGCAUCAUCAGAACAUUGACAUUCUGCUUUUUCAAACUUUCUAAAAUAUUAGUUAACAUAAAUGCUUUACUGUUUAUAUUAUUUGAUGCAAGUUAUUCUGUUAGGUUUUAAAAGUUUAUUUAAUAAAGUUAGCGACAACUGGCAUUUCUCAAGCUAAA